UCGAUUUCUCCUGAAUCAAGCUCAUCUCCUCGCGCGUUCACCGUUUCACUCGUACGUGCUACAGAGAUCAGGCGCGCACCCAUGGUUUCCUCGAUGAGCCACUACAGAGAUCAGGCGCCUCUUUCCCUCUCCCUCUCCCUCGGCGCCGUGGCCGAGCGCAAGAAGAAGCUGAGGCGCGCCGCCGCGGCAGGAGGUGCAGAGGGCGCUGCCGGCGGAGAAUUCACGUGCAAGACGUGCGGCCGCUCCUUCCCCACGUUCCAGGCGCUCGGCGGGCACCGGACCAGCCACCUCCGCGGCCGCCACGGCCUCGCGCUCGCCCUCGCCGGAGACCACUACUCCGUCAAGCCAAAGAAGACCACUUCUUCAGACGACCAGAAGCCGGCAGCAGUGCACCAGUGCCACGUCUGCGGGCUCAGCUUCGAGAUGGGGCAGGCGCUCGGGGGACACAUGCGCAGGCACCGUGAGGAGGCCGGCGCCGUGGCGCAGGCGCCGCCCGUUCUGCUCCAGCUCUUCGUCUAGCUCGAUUUAUUGGAGAACUUGAUCUAGUGCAGAGUUCUUGCAGGUUGACCCGUGUGCGCGAUUUGUUUCUAAGUUGCUCCACACCCUAUAGUCGUAGCCUCGUAGGCGUUGAUCGUUGGUUCAUUCGUUCUUUGUGUACAUAUAGCAAUAGGACUUGUUCAUUCAUUCGUUCGGAGAUGGUAUACAUUGAUUCAUUCGUUUC